UGUUAAACCACCCGAAAGAGCAGCAAAAAAGCAGCAAAAAGAAAACGCCGCCACAGAGAAAAGCUUUCCGGACCAAACAGUGCAGCAACGACGCGGAAAUAGUGAAAAUAUUUGUUUUAAAUCUACUUUUUAGUGGCUGUUUUAACACAAAACGCACCGAACAACACACACACACGCAUGCAAAGUGGUUUGUUUGGCAAUAUAAGUCGGUAGUGUGAAAGGCAAGAGCAAAAGGAAUUGAACGACAGCUAUCUUCCCCCCGCAAGCAUUAAAAUGGCUACUCAAGCAGUAAACAAAACCGGCUCCGGAUGGCCUCGACGAAACAGCCACGGUACGGGAUUGACGGAAAUGAACAAACUACAGACGAACCAAUCGAUGACUCUUAACAGGACUAUAAACCUCUAUCCACUGACUAACUACACGUUCGGAACGAAGGAACCCUUGUUCGAGAAGGACCCCUCGGUGCCCGCCCGUUUCCAGCGGAUGCGUGACGAGUUUGACAAAAUAGGAAUGCGCAGAUCGGUCGAAGGUGUUCUGCUGGUUCAUGAACACGGUUUACCGCAUGUAUUGCUGCUGCAGCUGGGCACCACAUUCUUUAAGCUACCUGGUGGCGAACUGAGCGCUGGGGAGGACGAAGUGGAAGGCCUGAAACGACUACUAACGGAGACUCUAGGACGGCAGGACGGUGUGAAGCAGGAUUGGAUCGUCGAGGACACGAUUGGCAACUGGUGGCGUCCGAACUUUGAACCUCCGCAGUACCCGUACAUCCCGCCGCACAUCACCAAGCCGAAGGAGCACAAGCGUCUGUUUUUGGUGCAGCUACACGAGAAGGCGCUUUUUGCCGUACCGAAGAACUACAAGCUAGUAGCGGCACCGCUGUUCGAGCUGUACGACAAUUCGCAGGGCUACGGACCUAUCAUAUCAUCGCUACCGCAAGCACUCUGCCGGUUUAACUUCAUCUACAUGUAAGAGGGCAGCCGGAGAAAGUGAUUGCUCGUCGCCACCCCCCCGCCCAACUAGCGGCAGUUUGGAAGGGCUCCAUCCGCUUUUAAAUCUCGCCUCGCCCAACUGGCUACAACGGGGGGAUGGUCUUUCUCGUCUGCAGCCAAAGCCAGAGCUAGCCGGCUUCCGACCCCGGGAGUGGAUGUUGAGCAAAUGAAAGUAUAUAUCUCUUUACCACACUGGUGAUGGCUCGUAUGUAUGUGUUUGUGUGUGUGUGAGUGCAUUAGUACGUUGCGCAGCAGGGGGGUGGCGCUACAUUUACAGACCCCGGACCGGACAACAUUAUUUUAGAGCGAUUGUACAAGAAAGAGAUUUUUUUUUGUCACUUACCUUACUUAUCUUACUUUUAAUCCGCAUAUGAAUGGCAAGAAUAAAUAACUUACGUACCUUCUUCGGGACACGCCGAACGAACGACGAGAA